AUGGAGCGGCAAGGGACCACCACACAUAUAGAGGAGACGGUUGGGAGAAACCAGGGGUUCUCCUUGGAAAAAGACAUGGAUGAUGUUUCUGAAGGAAAGGUGGAGGACAGAGACCGACCACCGAGGCCAGAGGGAAGCCGUGCAGACAAGACAGCAGACAAGGCCAUUCCAUCCCAAGGAGGAUGCGUCUAUGGAAGUCCAGUCCAAGAAAUAAGAUCAAUCGAAACAAGAACGAAUGAAUGUCUUUGUGCUAAUCAGAAAAUCUGCUCCAGGGAAAACCAAAAUGAAAAUCUGGCCUUUGGAAAGACCUUCACAGGAGAUGAGCAGUGGAAUGAGGGUGAUGAGACAGCACUAAAUAAAGUCCAGAAGGAAGACUUGGAAGGAAUUUUCAGGAAUCAAAGUAGACCUAAUAAGCAGAAAGGAAGUCACAUGGCUGAAAAUAGGGAUAAAGCCAUUUCAUGCCAAGGGCAGGAUUUCAAUGAACUAAUCCAUAUAGGAGAGGAAGUGUAUAAGUGCUUGGGAUGUGGGAUGACCUUCUCACAUCAAAACCAAUAUGAGAUCCAUCUGCAAAUGCACAGUGGAAAGAAGAUUCAUCAAUGCUUGGAUUUUGGAAAGAAUUAUGUUUGCAGAACAGAGCUUCCUAGCCAUCAAAGAACAUUUAAAGAAAAGAAACCUUAUGGCUGCACAGACUGUGGCAAGAUCUUCCCACGAAAAUCCGAUCUUACUCAAAACCAUUGUCGGACUCCUUCCAGAGAGAAUCCAUUAAUCUGCAUAGAGAGUGGAAAGACAAAAGAGAGACCUUUUGAAUGCUCAGAGUGUGGAAAGAGAUUCAGUCUCAGUAGCUAUCUUCAACUGCAUCAAAGAACUCACACAAAGGAAAGACCUUUUGAAUGCUCAGAGUGUGGAAAGGGAUUUAGUCUCAGUAGCUAUCUUAAACUGCAUCAAAGAACUCACACAAACGAGAGACCUUUUGAAUGCUCAGAGUGUGGAAAGAGAUUCAGUCAGAGCGGCAGUCUCCAAGUACAUCAAAGAACGCACACAAACGAGAGACCUUUUGAAUGCACUGAGUGUAGAAAAAGAUUCAGUCAGAGCAGCACUCUUCAACAGCAUCAAAGAACUCACACAAAAGAGAAACCUUUUGAAUGCUCAGAGUGUGGAAAGAGAUUCAGUCAGAGCGGCACUCUUCAACAGCAUCAAAGAACUCACACAAAAGAGAGACCUUUUGAAUGCUCAGAGUGUGGAAAGAGAUUCAGUCUCAGUAGCUAUCUUAAACUGCAUCAAAGAACUCACACAAAGGAGAGACCUUUUGAAUGCUCAGAAUGUGGAAUGAGAUACAGUCAUAGUGGCCAUCUUCGUAGGCAUAAAAGAACUCAUACGAACGAGAGACCUUUUGAAUGCUCAGAAUGUAGAAUGAGAUUCAGUCAUAGUGGCGCUCUUCAAAGGCAUCAAAGGACUCACACAAAGGAGAGGCCUUUUGAAUGCUCAGAGUGUGGAAAGAGAUUCAAUCGAAGCGACGGUCUCCGAAAGCAUCAAAGAACUCACACAAAGGAGAGACCUUUUGAAUGCUCAGUGUGUGGAAAGAGAUUCAGUAGGAGCAGCAACCUUCACACACAUCAAAGAACUCACACAAAGGAGAGACCUUUUAAAUGCUCAGAAUGUGGAAUGAGAUACAGUCAUAGUGGCCAUCUUCAAAGGCAUAAAAGAACUCACACAAACGAAAGACCUUUUGAAUGCUCAGAAUGUAGAAUGAGAUUCAGUCAUAGUGGCGCUCUUCAAAGGCAUCAAAGGACUCACACAAAGGAGAGGCCUUUUGAAUGCUCAGAGUGUGGAAAGAGAUUCAAUCGAAGUGACGGUCUCCGAAAGCAUCAAAGAACUCACACAAAGGAGAGACCUUUUGAAUGCUCAGAGUAUGGAAAGAGAUUCUGUUCGAGCAGCAACCUUCACAAACAUCAAAGAACUCACACAAAGGAGAGACCUUUUGAAUGCUCAGAGUGUGGAAAGAGAUUCAGUCAGAGUAGCACACUUCAAAAGCAUCGAAGAACUCACACAAAGGAACGACCUUUUGAAUGCUCAGAGUGUGGAAAGAGAUUCAGUGACCGUAGCAAUCUUCAAACGCAUCAAAGAACUCACACAAACGAGAGACCUUUUGAAUGCUCAGAGUGUGGAAAGAAAUUCAAUCGAAGCAACGGUCUCCAAAAGCAUCAAAGAACUCACACAAAGGAGAGACCUUUUGAAUGCUCAGAGUGUGGAAAGAGAUUCUGUUCGAGCAGCAACCUUCACACGCAUCAAAGAACUCACACAAAGGAGAGACCUUUUGAAUGCUCAGAGUGUGGAAAGAGAUUCAGUCAGAGUAGCACUCUUCAAAAGCAUCAAAUAACUCACACAAAGGAGAAACCUUUUGAAUGUUCAGAAUGUGGAAAGAGAUUCAUUCAAAGUAGCACUCUUCAAUUGCAUCAAAGAACUCAGACAAAUGAGAGACUUUUUGAAUGCUCAGAGUGUGGAAAAAGAUUCAAUCAGAGAGGCCAUCUUCAAAGGCAUCAAAGAACUCACACGAAGGAGAGACCUUUUGAAUGCUCAGAGUGUGGAAAGAGAUUCAGUCGGAGUAGCACUCUUCUUAUUCUGGGUAUUUUCACCUACUUACUGUUCUGUCUAGACAUGCAAGUCGUACCUGCAAGCCCUGACAAAGAAGCAGGCCCUGAACACCUCUUGAAGUUUUCCAAGGAGGUCCCCCUCACCUCUUCAGGAAGCCCCAUCCCUGGUUUAAACAGCUGGAUGUGGGUUCCUUCUCUAGCCAUGUUUCAGGAUGACAUCCCCGCGCCUCGCCUCGCUUCUUACGGUGACUCCAGCUGGGCACAACUACAAGCUGGUGCCGAAAUCCGGGAAUUCUCGAACCUCCACCCUGCUUACCGUCAGCCUGGGAAAGGGCAGCGAUGGUACCGUGACGUCCGCUGGAUCGGCGCAUCCAGGGAACUCCACCUCACCGGUACUGCCCGGUCUUAA